AUUGCCCAGAGUUCAUCUAUAGUCCCGGCCUCGCUUUGACGGCAUAUCCGCCUGUUUGCUGUCUCUCCACACCGGAAGCGAUCUCUUUGGCCUUUCGAGCUGCCGGUGCCGCGUGGAACGAGGCAAGCCAGCCACUCUUUCCUCUUGGCUUUAUUUUUUCUGCACCUGGGGGGGUGAGGGGCGGCAGUUAGCCCCUAGGCGCAUCGCGGAAAUGGCUGCCCUAUCCGUGGAGGACUUGCUGGCGCGCGCCGAAGAGCACGAGGCGGAGACGCAGCGCAGCGUGACGGUGCACAAGGAGCUAGAGCUGGAGUUCGACCUGGGCAACCUGCUGGCGCUGGACAAGAACCCCGUGGCGCGCGCCGUGAGCUCCGCGUCGCAGCGCGAGGCUCUCCUCCGAGCCCUGGCCCGCGACAAUACUCAGCUGCUGGUGGGCCAGGUGUGGGCGCUGCCGUCAGAGCGCGCCGAAGGAGGGGCCGGGCCGGUGGUGGCGCGGCUGCCCGAGCCUUCGACCCGCCUGCCCAGGGAGAAGCCGCUGCCCAAGCCCCGGCCGCCUACCCGCUGGGAGCAGUUCGCCAAGCUGAAAGGCAUCCGCCCUAAUCGGAAGAAGCGCGGCACGCUGGUGUGGGACGAGGCGGCCAAGGACUGGCGGAGGCGCUGGGGCUAUCGGCGGGCCGGCUCGGACCCCUCUGGCAACUGGGUCCUGGAGGUGCCUGACUCGGCCGAUCCGCUCGAGGACCAGUUCGCCAAGCGGCGCCAGGAGAAGCGCGAGAAGGUCGCGCGCAACGAGUUCAACCGGCUCCGAAACUUGGCGCGCGCCCAGCGGGGAGGCGCCGGAGCGGCGCUGCACCCGACGGGCCACCAAGACCGGGCCGAGCUGGGCCGCGUCACCGGCCUCGCCCGCCUAGCCACCGCCUCCCGCGGCCGCUUCCAGCCUCGCCUGCCCAAGGAGUCCCCCGCCCCGCCAAGCGUCACCGGCCGCGGGAAGAAGCGGCGCUUUGAGCCCGUCCUGGGAGAUUUGGAAGGGGAGAAGAAGCGGCACCUCGAGCUGGCCCGGAGCCUGAGCAGCAAAAAGUCGCCUCUGGACCUCACCCGCGCCGUCAACAGGCAACUCCGCGAGGAGGAGGCCGAGGCCGCCGAAGCCAAGGGCAAGAAGCGCGGGCAGCGCGGCAAGAGAGCUCGGCGGCAGCAGCAGAGACCUGGCGGGCCCAAGGGCAAGAAAAGCGGAGGGGCAGCCCGUCGAGGGAACCCUGGAAGCGUGCGCGGCAAGAGAAAAAAGAAGUGAACUGGCCGCGAUGGGGUGGCGUGCUAGCCUAGCCGGGGCUGGGGCUUCUUAAAUUUAGAAAUUUCGGAAGACUAAAUAUCCCAGCGCCCUGUGUGCGUUUCAUAUGAAUUUGGCAUCCUGGAAGCAUCAGGGAUACACAGCUGACUCUUGCUACAUCAUUGAUAGGAGAAGGUGGCCUUAACUUGCUAAGACAUUUGCCUUAAAUUCCACAGUGAAGACCCUCGGAGACUUUGUGGAGGUUAAUAAGUAAAGGGACAUGUGAAAGUUUCCUAAUAAGACCUAUAAAUGUUCAUUGCAUAAUGUGUUAUCUAAUUUCUCUGACUGAAAUGAGGUUGGGGUGCUAUUGGUAAGGCUGGAGGCUUUGGGGAAGCCUCUUCAGUUUUUUCAAAUAUAAAAGGAUAAUGCAAAGUGACAGUAUAGAUCUUUGUGUGAGAAGUGUUGCUAAGACGGACCAUAUCUUUAAAAAGAAGUUAAGGAAUCCCAUUUCAGGGGCGUGUGUGUGUUACUUUUUUAUGUAUAUUGAAUUAUUGUCUAAAGAAGCCAGGUCAUGAUGGCAGCCUGGGAUUGAAAUAUUUAAUAGACAAAAUAAAAGAAUGUCAAACGUUUAA